ACCUUCCAUUCCAGCAGAAAGCGGUGUGUGUACGAAUAAGUAUCAAUUUCACCCCUCAUUUCCCCGCGAAGAAGAAACGUUACCGCCUUCUGGGUGACAGGAAGUGAACCAAAACAGUGGAGGGAAAAGCUGAGUUGAGGGAAGCGAACCUACAAGUGGAUAACAAAGGUGGCGAGGACGCCACCUUCAUGAAUCUGUUAUCAUGGGAAAGAAGAAGAAGCCUAGUGUGUCGGUGCAGUGCGAGUGGUCGUCCUGCACCUUCAAGGGCCACACCGUGGAGGAGCUGAGCGAGCACAUGGCCCUCCACCUGAAGGAGCAUCUAGGAGACGGAGAUGCCAUGGAGGAGCUCGACGACUAUGCGUGCCUGUGGAGGGGCUGUGAGUUCCUGGCCAUGGGCAGUCCCAGGGAGCUGGAGGUCCACGCCCACUUCCACACCUACCACAGCAAGCUGAAGGGCCUCGGAGGGCAGCUGCUGAAGGCCCAGCCCGCCCUGCCCGGCUGCAAGCAGGACCUGCACACCAACAACCUCUCCUCGGAGGUCUCUGCCGGCCUGCGCUGCAUGUGGCAGCACUGUGACAGUACGUUCAACAACCCUGAGUGGUUCUAUCGCCACGCCGACAACCACGUGCAGUGCAGCGAGCCACGCCCCCUGCCCCAGCCGGAGCAGCAGUUCCUGUUCUGCCAAUGGGAUGGUUGCGACGCCUUCUUUAAGGUCCGGUACCGCCUGAGGGAACACCUGCGGAGCCACACCCAGGAGAAGGUGGUGGCCUGCCCCACCUGCGGCUGCAUGUUCUCCAGCAACACCAAGCUGUUCGACCACCUCCACAGGCAGGCGGAGCCCGAGGGCUCUCUUGUGUGUGAGCACUGUGGGAAAGCCUUCACCAACGAGAGGCUCCUGAGGGACCACGUCAGGCAGCAUGUGAAUCACAUCAAGUGUCCGCUGUGUGACAUGACCUGCACCACUCUGGCCACCCUGAAGAUCCACAUCAAGUUCCGCCACUGUGACGAACGGCCCUUCUCCUGUGACUUCUGCGAGAGCAGCUUCAAGAACCAGCACGACCUGCGCAAGCACAUGGAGACCCACAACGAGGGCGCGGCCUACCGGUGCACAGUGGAGGGCUGCGACUACUCGUCCCGCAUGGCCCACACCAUGCGCCAGCACUACAGACGCAUGCACGAGGGAGGGAUGAUCUCCAGGUACAAAUGCCACAUCUGCGAGAAGACGUUCUCCUGGUGCUACACGCUGACACUGCACCUCCGCAAGAAGCACCAGCUGAAGUGGCCGUCGGGACACUCGCGCUUCAGGUACAAGGAGAACGAGGACGGCUACCUCACCCUGAACAUGGUGCGCUUCGAGACGGUGGAGGUCACCCAGGAGAUCAUGAAGAACAUGGAGAAGAAGCGGCAGAUCCACCGCCGGGGCCCCGGGCCCCGGGCCAAGCAGACCUCCAGGGGGGGGCCUCCCGACCGUAGCCACGCCACCCCCCUGCCGCCGGGCUCCGCCUCCCCGUCCUCCUCCUGCGACGGCUCCUCCUCCUCCUCCCCGGGCUCCUCCUCCUCUUCCGAGGAGGAGGAGCCCGGGGAGGAGGAGGAGGAGGCGCCGUCGCCGCAGCCCAGCCCCCGCGGCGGCGACUCCCCCGUGUACUGCGUGAUGAACAGCAUCCCCCACAUCGAGGACGACCCCGGGGGGCCCUUGAUGCUGUUGGAGGAGUGCGACCCCACCGCCACCUCCGGGGCGGUGCAGGCCCUGACCGAGGUGGCCCGCGGCCUGGGCAUGGACGUGGUGUGAAGCCCCCCCCCCCGGUCGUGUGAUUCAACGUUCCUAUGAUGUUCAGUGGACCCCCCCCCCCCCCCACUGUGUUUUCGGAUUCAUGCGCGUUCAUCAUUUUUAAUGAUUGGUGUAUUUGAUUGGUAAACACCAAUGAUCGGUAAAUACCAAACACCGCCGUGGCGGUGUUUGUACAGGGAGGGGGCGACAAGGACAAAAGUUUGCUUAUAGAGGAAGAAAUGCGAGAUUUUAUUUUUUAAUCAAACGGUUUUAUUAUACGGUGAACACGUGAAUUGGAGCCGCUCUUAUCCUGAACGUAAGGGAGGCCCGUGUCUGGUGAAACACGGCUGAACUCUGACGCCCUCGUUCGUACGGCGCCAAGCUGAGAUAGUCGUUUGUAUAUAUGUUUAUUUUAGAUGUUCGGUAUCUUCCAUUUUAUUUUUCUUCGUAUGGAAUUUAAUGUUAUGCAACUAAUGACUGACGUUUAGAACUGUUUAAGUUAUUAAAUAUUGAGAAGCCAGUUUAUUUAUUAGAAGAUGCGAUGGUGUACAAUAAAGUGGUCGGUUUUGAUGGUUA